GUGGCCGGGGACAUGGCGGCGGCCCGGGGCCUGACGGAGGUUCCCUUUCGGGAGAUGGUCCGAGCCCGGAGCCUGGACUUUCUCCUCUUCCUGCUCCUGAUGCUGGGCUGCGCGGCCUCCCAGGAGCUGUUCCGCUCGGUUUUACAGGAGAAGAACGGGCGGCUCCAGGUGGUCCCGGGGCUGCGGCCCGAUGGUAUUGCGUGGGCCAACUUCACCGACAGGAUCAAGAGCAGCGGCUGGUCCUACCUUGAACUUACCACAAAUGGAUCAUACAAAGACAAUUUACAGGCUUAUGCUGCUGGAGUGCUGGAGGCUUCUGUCACACAUCAGUACAUUUAUAUGCAUUGGACGAACACACUGUCUCACUAUUGUGGACCCAAGUAUCAAACUGCUUAUUGUGAGAAACUUAAAAAUUAUAUUGAAUCCAAUCUGGCUUGGAUUGAAGAGCAAGUGGCCAAAGAUGGGUAUAAAGCAUACUGGCAUCAGGUGAAUUUGGUACUACUACAGCUGCGAGGGCUAGAGGACAGCUAUAACAAUCAUAUUUCAUUUCCUAAUGGGAAGUUCAACUUCCGACCUUUUGGAUUCAUUCUUUUGCAGAUGGCUGGUGACUUGGAGGAUCUUGAAAAUGUAUUUAAUAAAACCGAUUCUUCAAAGGCUUUUGGUUCUGGGUCAUGUUCUGCCCUCAUCAAACUGUUGCCAGGCAACAGAGAUCUUCUAGUAGCCCAUGACACUUGGACUAACUAUCAGUCAAUGCUGCGAAUCAUUAAGAAAUACAAACUGUCCUUUAAAGAUGUCCCAGAAGGUGGCGUUGCCAUACCAGGAGAGGAGCAGGCCUUCUCAUCAUAUCCUGGGACACUAUUUUCUGCUGACGAUUUCUACAUCAUGAGCAGUAGAUUGGUAGCUCUAGAAACCACAUUAAGUAACAAUAAUGCACAUUUGUGGAAGCUUGUGCAGCCCGUUGGUUCAGUGAUGGAGUGGUUAAGGAACAUAGUAGCUAAUCGACUGGCUAAGAGCGGUGCGGAAUGGGCUGCAAUUUUUAGAAAGUUCAACAGUGGCACAUACAAUAAUCAGUGGAUGAUUGUGGACUAUAACUACUUUAUACCGGGACAAAUGGAUAUUAAGAAGAACUUGCUGACAAUUCUAGAACAAAUACCUGGGCAAAUAAUAACAGCUGAUAAAACAAAUGAACUGAUGCAGAAGGGUUACUGGGCAAGUUACAAUGUACCAUAUUUUGAAGAGAUUUUUAAUGCCAGUGGUAAAACAGCCCUCGUUGAGGAAUUUGGAGACUGGUUCAGUUACGAUAAGACUCCUCGAGCCCUGAUAUUCCGUCGAAAUCAGACUUUAGUUACAGACAUGAAUUCAAUGAUUAAAUUAAUGAGGUAUAAUAACUUUAAGAACGACCCUCUUUCUGAAUGUGUGCAAUGCAAUCCUAAAUACAACGGUGAGAAUACAAUUUCUGCUAGAUCUGAUCUAAAUCCAGCCAAUGGAACUUACCCAUUUUCAGCAUUAGGACAGCGUUCAUAUGGUGGUACAGACAUGAAGGUUACUUCAUUUGAGUUACACAAGGACUACCAGAUGAUUGCAGUGAGUGGUCCAACAUGGGAUCAAGUUCCAGCAUUUCAGUGGAGCAAAUCCCCUUUCAGCAAGCUUAUGCACAAGGGACAGCCCGAUCUGUGGAAGUUUCUACCAGUAAUGGUGCACUGGAACUGAAAACCUAAGAACAUUACCAGAUUAAAAGAAAAGUAUUCUAAAUCGGAUUAAGCCAUUUAUGUUUAUCAUCUGCUUCACUUUAAAUAUUCUUGUUAACUUUAUGAAGUUGAUUUUUGAAUGAGAGUAAUUGUAAAUGUCUGAUCACCAUUUAUGGUGUAAAUUUUGUGAAAUAAUCACUAAGUCUUGCCAAAGUUUCAUUUUGAAUGCAUUCUUGCAUGAGCAUUGUUGUGCACUUCACGAAGUUUGAAGUACCUGGUGUUCCACUUUAAUAUGAAAGAAGCAAAACAAUGUACAAAUUAAAGCUUAAGGCAGGGUUUCACAGCCAAGGUAUUUUUAAAGCUGGUAAUCUGCUGAGUAAGAGGUUUUUUUGAAGACUAUAGACUUUGAUAACUUAAUGAAUGAGAGAAAAUUCCACUCCCAGAAGGACUAUUACUUUUCACCCAGAGUAACCUCAUGGACCUGUAGUUGUGUUUCUGAUAGACCAUAACUAGUCAUGCAGGCUUAAUGCAGGCCAAGCUGCCAAAAUCACCAUGUCAUUGUUCCUUUGUUGAGUAGUCAAACCAAAUAAAAAUCCAGUUUAAAGUCAGUUGUUAAAGUACCGUGACAUUGGAGACGUGUUGCACCUUCCUGUGACUUGUCCACCCAUAUGAUUGAUUAGUUGUCUGCUGGUUGUGUACCCAACAAAAACUUUGCAACUGCAACCAAAUUGCUGUUAACCUAAUUGGAACAUUACUUAAACUUCAGCUUUUUUAAACUGUUUCUUAAAUUCUAUAUAACUGGUGCUAAUACAUAAAUUUGUUC